AUGGAGCUUGAUGGAAGCGAGGUGACUUGCUUGGAAUUCUUAGCAAGGAAGCUCAGGAGGGCGGGAACUCAGUCCUGGGAUCUGGGACUCAGAAGCCCUUUGGCAGGCAGCAGCCCACACAGGCUGGAUUCAGGCUCCAGCAACAACAGGCAGCCAAGGCAGCGGGCUGCGCUGACCCCCUUCCCGCCUGCAGGCGUGAAGACCCCUCUUUGGAGGAAGGAGGUGGAGGAGCCUGAGGCCAGGGAGGAGGAGCUGGAGGACGAUUCGGAGUCGUCGUCGUCGUCCUCGGAGGUGGAGGAGAAGGCGGACCCAGAGAGUCCGACGGAGACCGAGGAGGACCCUAGAGAAGUCGACCAGCGCGAGGCUCGCUCGGUGUCCUACUGCCCGCUGCGCCAGGAGCCCAGCAACCAGCAGGUGGCGCUGCUGCGACGCUCGGACAGCGGCUUCUGGGGCUGGCUCAGCCCGUUCGCGCUGCUGGGUGGCCUGGCGGCCCCCGCGGACAGGAAGCGGGGUGCUCCGGAGGAACCGUGCGUGUUGGAGACUCGGCGGCGGCCACCGCGCCGCGGGGGCUGUGCCCGUUGUGAGAUCCUUUUCUGCAAGAAAUGCAAGACCCUGCAUACGCACCCGGCCUACGUGGAGCACUGUAUUCUGGAGCACCCUGACCUGGGUAAGGCGGAGGCCGCCGGCAGCUCUGAGCGCGUCUGCUCCCAGCCUCUGCGCCCGCAAUGUUCCAAACUCUUCUAUCUCUAG